GGGCUGCAGAGGGUGCCCGGCCGGCUGGGCGGAAGGACGUUGGUGGGCCCGCGUUGAGGAAACAGUCACCAUGUCGGCCGCACUGCUGCCUAAGCCUCAGAUGCGGCGCCUUCUGGCCCGGCGGAUGAAGUUUCACCUCUUUGGGGCAUUUUUUGUGUCUGUGGGAUGUGCAGCUUUAUACAAGUUUGGAGUUGCUGAACCCAGGAAACGAGCUUAUGCAGAGUUCUAUAAAAACUAUGAUCCCAUGAAGGACUUUGAAGCCAUGAGGGCAGCUGGUGUGUUUGAGUCUGCACCACCCAAAUGAUGCUAACCUGCAUUUACAGAUCCCCUCCAGUCCAAGGUGACUUGAUGACUGAACUGUACCUGCUGACAGAGUUGUGAAGUGCAAAUGCACUCAGGGCAUGGCACACCCUAACAUCACUCAAUAAAUACUGCAUCAG